UGUCCCUCAGUAACAAUUCUGUGUCCCUCAGUAACAAUUCUGUGUCUGUCCCUGAGUAACAAUUCUGUGUCCCCGAGUAACAAUUCUGUGUCCCCGAGUAACAAUUCUGUGUCCCUCAGUAACAAUUCUGUGUCCCUCAGUAACAAUUCUGUGUCCCUCAGUAACAAUUCUGUGUCUGUCCCUGAUAACAAUUCUGUGUCUGUCCCUGAGUGCUGCCAAUCAGUGCUGCCUAUCAGUGCCAGUCAGUGUCACCUAUCAGUGCCAGUCAGUGCCGCCUAUCAGUGCCAGUCAGUGCUGCAUAUCAGUGCCGCUUAUCAGUGUCAUGUAUCAGUGUCAUGUAUCAGUGCUGCCUUUCAGUGCCCAUCAGUGAUGCCUGUCAAUGCCCAUCAGUGCAACCUACCAGUGCCUCCUCAUUAGUGCCCAUCAGUGCCACCUAUAAGUGUUCAUCAGUGCAGCCUAUCAGUGCCCAUCACUGUAGCCUCAUUAGCACACAUCAGUGAAGGAGAAAAAUCACUUAUUUACAAAAUUGUAUAACAAAAAAAACUAAGAAAAAAAAUUGUUUUUUUCAAAAUUUUCAGUGGUUUUUGGUUUGUUUAAGAAAAAAAAA